GAGGUCUGCUGCAGGGUGCAGGUGCUCAGCAUGGCUGGGCUCACACUGAUGGACCGGCAAAACGGGUAGGGCCAGGGUUGAGGCUGUUCCUCAGACACCAUUUGCUGGUUUGAGGAGGGGCCCCAGGCCCACAGCAUGGCUCCCUGCUCCUCAGAUAAAUACGCUGUGCGCUUCAUCCCUCGGGAGAAUGGCGUUUACCUGAUUGACGUCAAGUUCAAUGGCACCCACAUCCCUGGAAGCCCCUUCAAGAUCCGAGUUGGGGAGCCCGGGCAUGGAGGGGACCCAGGCUUGGUGUCUGCUUACGGAGCAGGCCUGGAAGGCGGUGUCACAGGGAGCCCAGCUGAGUUCAUCGUGAACACGAGCAAUGCAGGAGCUGGUGCCCUGUCGGUGACCAUUGAUGGCCCCUCCAAGGUGAAGAUGGAUUGCCAGGAGUGCCCUGAGGGCUACCGUGUCACCUAUACCCCCAUGGCACCUGGCAGCUACCUCAUCUCCAUCAAGUAUGGUGGCCCCUAUCACAUUGGGGGUAGCCCCUUCAAGGCCAAAGUCACAGGCCCCCGUCUCGUCAGCAACCACAGCCUCCACGAGACAUCAUCAGUAUUUGUAGACUCUCUGACCAAGGCCACCUGCGCCCCCCAGCAUGGGGUCCCGGGUCCUGGGCCUGCUGACGCCACGAAGGUGGUGGCCAAGGGCCUGGGGCUGAGCAAGGCCUACACAGGCCAGAAGAGCAGCUUCACAGUAGACUGCAGCAAAGCAGGCAACAACAUGCUGCUGGUGGGGGUUCAUGGCCCAAGGACCCCCUGCGAGGAGAUCCUGGUGAAGCACGUGGGUAGCCGGCUCUACAGCGUGUCCUACCUGCUCAAGGACAAGGGGGAGUACACACUGGUGGUCAAGUGGGGCGACGAACACAUCCCAGGCAGCCCCUACCGCGUUGUGGUGCCCUGAGUCUGGGGUCAGUGCCAGCCGGCAGCCCCCAAGCCUGCCCCACUAUCCAAGCAGCCCCACCCUCCUUCCCUCAGCCCUGGCCCCAGGCCACCUUGGCCGCCCGCCUGUCACUGCAGCCGCCCCUGCCCUGUGCCGUGCUGCGCUCACCUGCCUCCCCAGCCAGCCGCUGACCUCUCGGCUUUCACUUGGGCAGAGGGAGCCAUUUGGUGGCGCUGCUUGUCUUCUUUGGUUCUGGGAGGGGUGAGGGAUGCGGGUCCUGUACACGACCACCCGCUAGUUCUCUUCUCCAGCCAAGAGGAAUAAAGUUUUGCUUCCAUUCU